AUGGCGACCGCUACAGUGGCUAUUAUUGGUCUUGGGCCGUUGGGUCUAGUAACACUCAAGAACUUGCUUGAGAAGUGUUUCAAAGCGACGGAGUUCGACAAGGCGGAUGUUGUGGGCGGUCUUUGGAACUAUAGAGAUGACUGCCAGACCACAGUUCUCGAGAACACCCCAGAAGCUCGCCACAUUCAGAGAUAUCUCUACGACUAUGCCUCGAACUUUUCACUCCAGAGUCACAUCCGACUCCAGACGGAGAUUGUUCAUGUGGAUUUCGACAAAAAGAGCGAACAGUGGACUGUUCGAAUGCUCAAAGACGGCGCAACCACGUCUCGGGUAUUUGACAAGAUUGUUCUUGCUGCCGGAAUCAACAAGCUGCCGUUGAUGCCUAAAAUUGACGGGCUAGACGUGUUCGAGGGCGAAGUUAUCCACAGCGCCGGGUACAAGAGAAGGCAAGCCGAUGGACCACACCUUCAAUCGCAGAAAGGGCGUCAUUUUCGAGACUCUGCAACUCCUCCCCUCGGCCGUGUCCAGCACGAUUAUGCGAAAGUUUCCCACGGCCACGAUACACAAGGGUCUUCCGGAACUUCCGCAGGACUGGAACUUGAGCACCGCUCCGCUACCAACUCGCACACCCCCGUCAUCUCAGACACGGUGAUACCGCAGAUACUAGAGGAACACAUCACACUAGUCAAGGGCUUGGACAGGGUGACUGGUCCCAAGACUGUCCAACUUGACAGUGGAAGCAAGAUUGAAGCCGACGCCAUUGUGUUUUGUACAGGAUACAAGGCGGAUUACAGUUUGGCUGGCCGAUAUGAUCCCACAUUGGAACAGCCGCAGGCCUGGACAGCGUCGCCGGGAUCCAACUCUCGUGCUUUGGCUAGGCUGUACCGAAACAUCUUCUCGCUGCAGCUGCCUCACCAUCUGGCCUUUAUGGGAGCCAUCACUUUCCCUUCUCCGGCGUUUCAGCUCUAUGACUUGGCCUCCAUGGCUCUUACACGCAUCUGGGCUGCUGGGCACCAGUUACCGACUGUGCAAGAGAUGACGGCGCAAGUAGACCAGCACAAGUGGCUCAUAUCUCUGGCCUCCGAAGGCACAGUAAUCCCCGGCUGGGUAGAUGGAGCCAAGUGGAUGGCCUGGGCCGACGAAGCCGCGGGCUCGGAUGUCUUCCCUCACUUGGGCUACGGACUCAAGGGAUGGACCCUGUGGCUCAAGGACCGGCAGCUUUCGAGAGUGCUGAUGGACGGUACUCCCAGCCCGCAUCAGUUCCGGCUGUUUGAGAAUGGAAAUAGAAGGGCGUGGAGUGGAGCAAAAGAUGAGAUGCUGCGAACCGACAUGCCAAGUUGA